CUUGUAUCCAGUCGCUCACCGUCUUGCUUCUUUACUAUAACAAUGCCCAAAUUCCCUUGGGAUGUGUUCUCCGCCAACACAUUGCGUCCCAUGGUUGCAGAUAUCCUACGACAGCGCCAGGGAAAUGGCCCUGCGCUCAAGCUGGACAAACAGGAAUCACUUCAGCUGCUACAAAAGAUCGAGUCGGAUGGACUGAACUCGGCUCUCAGAAGUCUGUCCGCACAAUCGAAAGAAUCCAAACAAUCAACGAGAAAGCGAAAACAGGAAGAGCCACCUGUUGAGGAAGCCAGGCCAAGCCGCAAACGAGGAAAACAGGUGCUUGAGUCUCCAGAGCCCUCGAUUUCGGCGCCAGCCAGGAUGUCGCUCCGUUCUCAGAAGACUGAUGCGCCGGAGCCGGCCCAUUCUCGUUCACUCGUUUCAAGUACCGCUAUCAGUGUUGGAAGAAGCACCCGCCGAACUCAAAUCGCGCCAGUGCAUACCUCAGCACCCGAAGAAGCGAGGAAGACCAGAACAUGGCGUGUCCUUGAGAAAGCCUCCGAGCCAUUCUUGUCGCCCUCCAAGCGCCAAAGAGUGCCGAGAAUUCUAUCUUCACCCCAGCCUCUAAUCGCAUCCAAGCGAACAUCCAGAGCGGCUGGCAGGAAGAAAUCGACCUCGGCUAUAACCACCAGCCAUGGAAUGUCCACAGUGACAAGAGGGGUCGGCAGGAAGACCAAGGCCAAGGUCAUCGGCACUGCGAGACCUCCUCGACUGUCGCGAGCCGCUCGGAAGUCCGUGAGCAGCAAACCUGCUUCUGUGUUCGACGGAGUGGAACUCUUGCGCGCAAAGCGGCUGGCUGGCGGGAACGAGGCGACCACAGCGGACGAGGGGAACCCUGCAGGUGGACAUGAUGGGGAUGAGGACCGAGACGCCGAGGGGGAUGUCGAGGCCGACGUUCCUCAGGCAGACCAUCAAUUUGACGCCUCGAGCUCUGAGAUGUCGAAUUCGAACAAAGAGAACGAAGCGGAACCGAGUACUUUGACGGGUAUUGCGGAUGCGGAAACACCUAGGACUGAUCUUCUUGAUGAUCUGCUGGUGUCAGAAGGCACUCCUGCGCCGCAAAUAGGUGUGCCACCUGUGGAAGCACGGGACAUUGGGCUGGGUACGAUCUGUUCCUCUGUGCCGUUUGCAACCCUGACACUGAGGGCAGCAACGGGAUCCCCGACACCACAUAUAAACGUCGAAGCUAUGGGGUCGGAAGAAAAUCAGGUACAUCACCCGAUGCAGCCUGGUGGAAGUAAUAUUACAGCGAAUUUGUUGACAAUCCAAACUCAAGGUGCUCGCGCCACAAGCGUUGAUUUGAAUCCCGAAUACAGCAUCCAAGUGUUCUCCCCGGGCAGCGUUCAACAUAAUCCAGACGAAGAGCAGUGGGUUCCAGAUCGUUUCCAAGACGGGCAUCCAGCUGGCCCGACCUCAGCAGGCGACGGUCUCGCGGCCUUGGAUUGAUGAUUAGGCGUGGAACCCAUAUACAGCCUACUGGCUUGUGUAAACCACCUUUUGUAUGUACUUGAUGAUCCUUCACUUUCUGCUGUGAUGCAUCUUGAAAUUAUCAGUGUGAGCCUGAUAGUAAUGUCGACUGUUGAACGCAAAUCUAUAUCUUUCUACAAUAUAUUCCUUGGGCAUGCUCCUCCAGACGAACCCCAUACCAAUUUGUCUUAUCAGCUGGGAGCCAACGGAUGGAUGGAAUGAGCUGCACAGAUGCCGGAGCAUCACCUCUGCAUAUACACUACCUGCCAAUAGGAUGACUAGCAGAAACCUUU